AUGAAGAAUUACCUACAGCACACCCUGCUGGGACUAGGGCUCACGGGUCUAAGCCUCGCAGGUGUGGUACAACGAGACAUUGAGGUGAUACGGUUCCAUAGUCUCGGGGAUGUAACUGCUGAUUCCUUGCACAACAUCCAUGUUGAGUUCUUGGACAGUCAAUUUGAGGGCCACCUGCAGCUCGUCUACGGAGAAUGCACAAUCGAAGACCCAAUGCACAGUCAUCAUGAGAUUGGAAGCACGUUCGUGAAACGUGAAGCACACCCGGAGCGAUUUGUCUGGGCUACGCCAUCUGAUGCACCACAUUCACUCUGUCUACAUGCCUUCUCCGGAACCACGCUCAUGGGCCGCUCCUCGCCCAUUAUGGUAUCGUCGCCAAUCAAGAAGCGAGAGAACAUUGCGGACGUGGCAGAUGCCAUGGGCCCUUGGUUUGAUGGAGUUGCAUACAUGAAGUCAAAGAAGAACAACAAAGCAUUUGUAUCCAAAGCAAAGAGCCACUCUGUCGCCAUCCUGGGCGGUGGAAUGUCAGGCUUGAUGACUAGUCACUUGCUAGAGUCGGUUGGUAUUCAUAACUGGCAUAUCUAUGAAUCGUCUCAACGUGUCGGCGGCCGCAUCCGCACCAAGUACCUUAACAACACAACGCCUGAUCAAUAUCAAUACCAGGAAAUGGGUCCCAUGCGUUUCCCGGUCAGCAUCACAUAUGCUGACACCAAUGAGACCCUUGAAAUCAUGGACCACCGCAUGGUCUUUCAACUAGCUGAUGUUCUCAACAAGAUGAACAAGAAACAGCCAGAACUUGCAGUCAACUUCAUUCCCUGGGUACAGAGCAGCCCCAACGUCCCUGCUGCCUCUGGUGGUAACCGUCUACCCAAUGGACAAAUUCCCAGUGCUGCCCAGGUUGCUGCCAACUCAUCGCUUGUUUACACUGCGGCAUCGGAAAACGCCACGGCUGCCACAGAGGCAGAAUCCGACUAUGAAAAAUACACCACGCUCGACGACAGAGAGACUAUCCGCAAGAUUGCGACAAACAUGUACCAAGCUCACAAGCAAGCCGUUGAAGAUGGCAUGUUCCACUGGUCCGAGGCCGGAUACCUGCGGUACGCAAUGGGCUACGAUGCAAAUCUCACCGACUAUGUUGCCGGCACCACCGACUCCCCAAUCUGGGGCGACUUCUACGACGACGUCUACUUCGCAGCCACCAAGUGGCGCACUAUCGAUAAGGGCUUGGAGUCGCUACCACGCGCCUUCUACCCUCACGUCAAGGACAAGCUGACCCUGAACCGCACCAUCCAAGGCCUAGUUCACAACGAGACCUCUGGAAAGAUUGCCGUUACCUGGCGCGACGACCCCCUUCAAAUGGUCCCAGAAAGCAAGGAAUACGACUACGCCGUCGUGGCUGCGCCUUUCAGCAAGGUCAGACUUUGGGAACUCCCGCGAUACUCCUCCCUCCUCAGCCGGGCUAUUUCAAGCCUCAACUACGACCCGGCCUGUAAGAUGGCCCUUCUCUACAAGACCCGCUUCUGGGAGCACUUGGACGAACCCAUCUUCGGUGGAUGUGGCUCGGUGGAUGUAUCCGGCGUCGGAAAUAUUUGCUACCCAUCCUACAACAUGAAUGGCACCGGACCAGGUGUAGUCCUGGCCUCGUAUAUCUCUGGCACACUGGCACGGUCCACUGCCGCGCUCAGCCCGGAGGAACAUGUUGCUCUCAUCCAGCGCACUAUGGUCAAAGUCCACGGUGAAAUUGCCGCAGAGCAGUUUACUGGAGUCUACGAUCGCCAGUGCUGGGAGUUCGAUCAACACCAGGCUGGUGCUUGGGCUGAUCCUCUUGUUGGUCAGCAGGAGCUGUAUUUGCCGGCUUACUAUCAGACUGAGUUUAACACCAUUUUUAUUGGUGAACAUACUAGUUAUACCCAUGCUUGGAUUUUCUCUGCGUUGGAUUCUGCUGUCCGUGGUACUACUCAACUGCUGCUUGAUUUGGGCUUAGUUGAUGAGGCAAAGUUUGUGGUUGAGACUUGGAUGGGUCGGUGGAUCAAGCUUUGA